AUGGUGAUCGUUGCCGAACUCAUCAAGAGAGCCUGUGUUCGGAAUCCACAUACCGCCCUCGAAUGCGGUGGUGAUAAACCCCACCAGUCGCCCCGUUGCUCCAACAUUAUUAUAGACGAGCAAAAUAACACCAACCAGGACGGGAAUGCUGCCACUGAAAGAAUCCAGAAAUUUCGCAAGCGGUCCGCGGUAACCCCUGCUACUAGCGCGGCUACAACAGACAGUGCCGUUGCGAUUGUCGGCAAAGUGUUCACCCGAGAGACGGAGUAG